UACACCGGCUACCCGAUGUUCAUGCCCUACCGGCCGCUCGUGCUGCCGCAGGCGCUGGCCCCUGCGCCGCUGCCCGCGGGCCUCCCACCCCUCGCCCCGCUGGCCUCCUUUGCCGGCCGCCUUACCAACACCUUCUGCGCGGGGCUGGGCCAGGCCGUGCCCUCGAUGGUGGCGCUGACCACCGCACUGCCCAGCUUCGCGGAGCCUCCCGACGCCUUCUACGGGCCCCCGGAGCUUGCUGCUUCCGCCGCCGCCACUGCCGCCCGAAACAACCCGGAGCCGGGCGGCCGACGCCCGGAGGGCGGGCUGGAAGCCGACGAGCUGCUGCCCGCCCGGGAGAAAGUGGCGGAGCCCCCACCGCCGCCGCCUGCGCACUUCUCAGAGACUUUCCCAAGUCUGCCGGCAGAGGGGAAGGUGUACAGCUCAGAUGAGGAGAAGCUGGAGGCAGCCGCAAGAGACCCUGCAGGCAGCGAACAGGAGGAGGAGGGCUCGGGCGGUGACAGCGAGGACGAUGGUUUCCUGGACAGUUCUGGAGGGGGCCCGGGGGUUCUCCUGGGACCCAAACCGAAGCUAAAGGGAAGCCUGGGGACUGGAGCUGAGGAGGCGGCCCCACUGGCAGCGGGAGUCACAGCUCCUGGGGGCAAAAGCAGACGGCGCCGCACAGCGUUUACCAGCGAGCAGCUUCUGGAAUUGGAGAAAGAGUUUCACUGCAAGAAAUACCUGAGCUUGACAGAGCGCUCGCAGAUCGCUCACGCCCUCAAGCUCAGCGAGGUGCAGGUCAAGAUCUGGUUUCAGAAUCGAAGGGCCAAGUGGAAGCGCAUCAAAGCUGGCAACGUGAGCAGCCGAUCUGGAGAGCCCGUAAGGAACCCCAAGAUUGUCGUGCCCAUACCUGUGCACGUCAACAGGUUUGCUGUUCGGAGCCAGCACCAGCAAAUGGAACAGGGGGCCCGGCCCUGAAGGGCUCCCGAGGACUCGGGGAGACAAAGCAUCCGCUCCUGAGCCUGCUGAGACGGGGCUCAGGUUCCGUGGACCAGAGGGGCAACCACUGUGAUCCUGCCCUGGGGUGCG